CAGGGCGGACAAGCGCGCGCGUGCUGCGCUGCUGCUGUUUAUGUUACGCGACUUCCUGGUGCUCUUUAGUAGUAAACUUCGUAGUUAUGGGCUGCUUUGUGUAGUUUUUCUUGGGCAACUCUUCAUAAUUUCUGUGGAGUAAAUGGCUAAGUAAGCUAUAAUGGAGCAGCGGGGUAAAAAGACUCGAAUGUUCCACUAACGACAAUGAGACUGACAGUAGGAACUGCUUCUGCAAUAUGAAUGUUUUACACUGAAUUCAAUAUCUUCCCUCACCUUCAUUUUAUCGGCUGAUAUCCAUCAUGAAGAAGAGAAGCCGUCGCACACUAGAUCAGGAUGAUUCUCUGUGCUGUUGUGAGUACAUCGAUCGUCAUGGCGGACGCAGUCACAUGGCAGCAUGUUGCUGUGACUGUGAGGAUUUGGAUGCGUUUUGUGACAGAUGGAUGAAGAAGAAGCCUCAAAGUCCAGACUCUCUGUCCCGGGUUAUAGACACGAUCAAUGAUCGUCUGCGGGUGCCCUGGAUAUCCGGAGCCCGACAAGUUGAUAUAUCAGUGAUCCCUCCUCUUAUUCUGCUUCCUGUUUUUUUGCACAUUGCAGCUUUGCACUACCUGCUGGGUAUUUUAGUGCUAACAGCCAUGCCCAUCAUGGUCCUUUGGUACUACUAUUUCACUCACCGAAAGAAAGGACGCACGUUAUUCUUCCUCAGCCUCGCACUCUUCUCCCUCUUCUACAUGUUCUACCUCUUCAUCACCGAAGUCGUUCCUCGAGGUGAUGUGAGUCAUCUCCAGUUGGCUGCCGUGACGUCGGGUGUUGCUCUUACGGUCAUUUUCCUCAUAAUCACUAAGAGGGGGCCGGGCUACGUCAGGCCUCAUCCAAAUGACACUCAUAGUACAGUGACCUAUCACAAACCUCCACCUGAUGUAGAUGCCGCCUAUCUAAAUGGAGCACAGCAUCAGGUGGUGAUAGCCAAUCACGAGCAAACUGGUGAAUCACAGCAGGGUGUUCAGACGAGGAACUGGUGCGCCGUAUGCAAAGUGGUGCGGCCCCCGAGAGCGGGACACUGCAGGAUCUGUGGAGUCUGCAUCCUGCGUCUGGACCACCACUGUGUCUGGAUCAACAGCUGUGUGGGGCAGGCCAAUCACCGCAAUUUCCUUCUGACACUUGUUUUCUUUCUGCUGACGUCGCUGUGCGGGAUCAGUUUGGUUCUUCGAAGCGUGUGUCCCGACCAGAAUGUAAUGACUGCACUGUUCUACUGUCCUGACGUCUACAACCAGUUCAGCUCUGCUCUGUGUUUCACCUGUGCCUGGUACAGCAGUAUCGUGACAGGAGGUUUGCUGCACCUGCUGCUCUUACAGCUUAUCAACGUCAGCUUCAACGUGACCGAACGAGAGGCGCGUCUGGCUCUGAGAGAGAAAACCGCUUGCAGCCUUCUCUGGGGUCUGAUCAUCGACACCGGCGUUUACUCACGAGGCUUCCGUACUAACUGGAUUGAAUUCUUGACCAUGAGCAAGGCUUCAGAGCCAUCAAACCAAAAACCAUCAGAUCUGGUAUAGAAACUCAACUGUCAGUCUCUACUGAUGGAAAAACAAUUUAACUGGUCUUUAAAGAGAAUUAUCGCUCAUAUUUAAUACAGUGAAGUAUAAUGUUGUGCUACUUCGUGUCUUCAACAUCCAUUUCAGAGUCAGUUUUAUGGCUCUAAACAUUGAGCUCAAGGUCUCAUCAAGUGUCAGUUGAAUCGUGUGGAUCACUAGAUGGCAGUGUUGUAGUAUGUUACAUCUUUACCAGUAUAUUUCAACAUCAAGUACACCAUUACUCAGGUGUGGUUAGUGUUUACACAACUUAUAUUAUAUUAUAUUAUAUAUUAUAAAGGUCUCACUAAAUGCUUUUUAUGAUUAAUAUUAAGAAUGAAUGAAGUAUUAAGAAAUGUAUUAAUUUCCCUCCAUUAAUUACAUAAAUCAUGCAUAUCUGGUUUACAUUCACUGUUAGUUGGACCAAUUAUGGAUUUAUUGUUUAAUAUUUGUUCUCUCAACUCUAAAGUGUGUCUUAUAUGUGAAUGCACAUUCAAAAUCAAACCUUAUUUAGUGCCUUUUUAGGACAUCAGAAGUGAUGCAACACUGCAUCUACAGUGACCUCCAAAAGUAUUGGAACAGUAAAGACAAAAUUGCUCUGUUGGCCGUGGAGUCAAGACAUUUACAAAUAUGAUUAAAAGAUGAAUAUGAGGCAAAACUACAGAAUGUCACAUUUUAUCAUUGGGUCAUUCAACACAUAGCUGUUUUACCAGCUAAGAAGCACUUUUAGAGUUUAAUCCCUCUAUCUGAUGUGAGCAUAAGUAUUGCAUAAAAGCAGGGAAUGUGUCGUAUCAGUUAUAUCCAUUACUUCUGCAUUCUGAAUCUUGCAUUUGAUGAUGACACACACAAACCAGGAUGAAGACGAGGGAGCUGACUUUGAGAGAAAAGCAAGCAAUUUGGAUGCUAAAAGAAAAGAGGAAGUCAGUUAGAGCUCUAGCAAAAACAAAGGGCAUGGAGAAAUCAAGAGUUUGGAAACCACCAGCGACACCAGCAACUAACAACUACCUGAUCGGCUGAGAAAACAACAGUAGUUGAUGACAGACAAAUCAUAAAAUCUGUGAAAAUGAAUCCUAAAAGACAUGUCUAUAAAAUCACCAACAAUUUCCAGAAAGCUGGGGUGAUGCUCUGACAAUUUACUGUCCUCAGGAGACUUUGACAGAAUUACAGAUGCUACACAGCAAGAUACAAACCUCUGACCAGCUCCAAAAAUAGAAAGACAAGAUUAGAGUUUGCAAAAAAGCACAAAGGUGAGCCAGAAGAGUUUUGGAACUGUGUUUAUGGACCGAUGAGACCUUUAUCGAAGUGAUGGGAAAGCAAAAAUGUGGAGAAAAAAAGGGAACUGCAAUGAUCCCAAGCAUACAGCCUCAUCUGUAAAGUAUAGUGGAGGUGUUGUCAUGGCAUGGGCAUGCAUGGCUGUCUCUGGAACAGGUCCUCUCAACUUUACUGAUGACAGUAGCAGAAUGAAUUUGGAAGGGUACAAAACCAUCUUGCCGACCAAUAUUCAAGAAAAUGCCACCAGAUUCAUUGGGAAGUGCUUCAUAUUGCAUCAGGACAAUGACCCAAAACACCCUGCCAGUUCAGUCAAGGAAUUUAUAAGGGCAAAGAAAUGGAAAGUCUUAGAUUGCCCAAGUCAAUCUCCAGAUUUAAAUCCGAUUGAACAUGAAUUUCACCAGCUGAAGAGGAGAGUAAAGGCAGAAACUCCCCAAAACAAGCAACAAUUGGAAUUGGCUGAAUUAAAGGCUGGGAAAAGUAUUUGAAAGGAUGAGAGCAAGAGUCUGGUGAUGUCUAUGGGUCACAGACUCACUGCUGUGAUUGCGCAAGGGAUCUGCAACUAAAUAAUAGCUUUUAAUCUUUUAUAUCUGCCUUAUGUUCAACUGUCCCAAUACUUAUGCUCACAUCAAUGAGUGGGAUGAACUCUAAAAGUGCUGUUCUUUUUAUUUGGUAAAACAUGUAUGUGUUGUAACAGCUAAUAAUAAAAUAGUAGUAGUUUUGUCUCAUAUUCAUCUUUUCAUCAUAUUUGCAAAUGUCUUGACUCCACAGCCAACAGAACAAUUUUGUCUUCACUGUUCCAAUACUUUUGGAGGGCACUGUACAUCCACACAGCACACAGCUUCAGAGGUGUAAAAUACUUGAGUAAUUUUACUUGAUUACUGUACUUAAGUAUUAUUUUGGGGGAUUUUUUACUUUAUUCAAGUACAAUUUAAACUGACUACUUGUACUUUUACUUGAUUACAUUUCUGAAGAAAAAACAAUACUUUUUACUCCUUACAAUUUUAUUUGUAUCUUAUACACAUUGAAUAUGGGAAACGGAAGCUCAAACGUGCGUGCUUGACCUGAGAAGCAAUGAUCAUUGUUUUCACGCAUCAAGCACACACACAGUUCUACUUCAGUUAUGACUUUCAUCAGGUAAAUGUCUGGGUUCAAAAGUUCACCAUCAAAUCUGAGGAAGCAUGUUGAGGUAGCAAAGUUGCGUUUCCCCCCCAAAAUGUUUAUUCAUUAUUCUUUGUUUUGAUAGAGCCAUUAGCUGUGUAAUACAUUGGCUGAAUGCACAAGAUUGAGUGCAAAUAAAAUCAUUGAUACAUUUUGUUCUUAAAUAUAAUUAAUAUUUUUGUGGGAAUUCUUUUUUUAAUUAAAUGUUACAAAUCUCCAAAAAAGUGUUUAAAUGAACAUUGUACAUUUACUUAAUUAUAAUUCAUGUUUAGUGACGUUCUUACCAGGUAGUGGAUAAGUUGUAUUAAUAAUAUGUCAUUAUAUGACGCAUUGAGUAGGAAUUUGGACUCUCACUGUAUAUUUUCUUAAUCUUAAUAAUUACACAAUUUGCUCAUUAAUUCAUAUAAUUAGUCGCAACUAUUUAUGUAGCAAUAUUUCCUGAGAAAAAGCCCCCACAAAAAAAUUCCCCAAAUAAACAAUUAAAAGAUUAAUUAUCCUUUUAAACAGUGAAGUAGACAACACAAAAAAAGUGGCCUUUCAACACGUCAAUAUUGUAUGUUUUAAUUCUAUGACUCUCUUCAUUAAUUCAACCCAUUCUUGCAUUCUGUCUGGAAUAUGUUUCUAACCUCUGCAUCACAUUGUUAUUAAAAGUGAUAUUUCACCCAAAAUUAAGAUUCUCAUGUCGCCCAGAUGUUUAUGACUUUCUUUCUUCAGAUGAACACAAGUAAAGAUUAUUAGUCCGUAUAAUGCAAGGGAACAGGACCACUUCAGAAACCACACAAAGUGAACACGACGGUCAAGUUUAAAAUAUUAGUAUUUGUAAUUUUCAUUGUUUCACUUAAGAAGACACUGAUUCAUUAACAGCGGUUGUAUGAGUUACUGUCAUAUUCACUUUGUGUAGUUUUUGAAGUGUCAUUUUGGACAUGCCAUACUUGUUAUACGAAAAAAGGUGAUUUAGUUUAGAUGCUUUAGAUCUUUUAGUUUGUGUGUUCAUCUAAUAAAUGAAAGUCUAUAUAUAUAUAU